CAAACUCAGUAGCUUUGUGAUCAAGAUUUUAACAGGAAUAUGAAUAUUAUGAGCACAGGUUCGAAGCCAGUAUUUGUUUAUUUUUUUCUGAAAAUAUUUGCUUCCUAUCACUUAUACAGAAAUUGUUACCAAAUAUUGGAGGUUAAUUAAUGCAAAACCAUGACGUCAUGAGCAGAUGUUUGCAUUUAUAAAUGAGACAGCAAAAUUUUGAUAUAAUUUUAUUUGUAUUUUUGACAUUGAUUGUCUUCGCUAAGAUUUAUUGCCGAAGGAUUUACAAAGGUAAGGACUAUAUUAUCAUUAUUAUGGUACAUAGAAUCCUUCUACCAGCAGACAAUUUCUCGAAAUAUAUUGAUGAAACACACUCCGGUUCUGACGUGAUUUAAUAGCUUCUCUUGUUUAUCUUGUAAUUCAAAAUAUAUAAAUACCGAAAUAUACCUUGAAUUUUGUUUCUAUCUUGUUUAUUAUUACAGUGACAUAGCUCGAAUCUUGAGAUUACAAGAUAGUAUUCAGAGUAUGUUUCAUCUUGUAUUUUAAACGCAGUUUUGUGCAAUACGUAGGUAUUGAAAGCCUCUCUAUAAAGGCUCUCUUUUCUUGGUAUUUUUUAAUAAUUUUAUUAGCGAUUAAAACGAUUUACUGACAUAAAUCAUAGCAUGAACAUUGCAUGCUUUAAACGAGUCUUAUUAGUUGAAAUAUAUUGCUUUUUAGGUGGUAUAAAAAAAUAAAAUUAACGUUUUUCUGUAUGCAAUAUUAUAUAUGCGACAUAUACAGUGUACGAAUCAUAUAAAGAAUUGUGAUAUUUGUGUGAAAAGAUUAAACGAGAUUAAAUAUGUUCUUUAUUUUAGAGUAGAAGUGGUUAAGAAAACUACAAGGGAUUUAACUUGCUUUUCAUUGAAAAUUUGUCAUCAGCAUAGAUGGCAAGUGAAGGUAAGAGAUAUUCAUGACAUGGUUGACUCAUUGGCUUCCAUGCCAAAUACAAAGACUACUCCAUGGCAUAUAGCAUGGGCAAAGCUGGAAUAGCUUAACGCUGGUUAAAUUAACCCAAUAUUCAAAGCAAGCUUCCCAACAUAAAUUUGGAAUUAUUUCUUUAGAAAUUGUGUUUGGAUCUGUAGGAGUUUUCUUUCCUGGAGUUUUGAACAGACGUGCAGACAAUCUCGUACCCAGAGCAAUGCCUGUGCGCGGGUUAGGAUGGCAUUGGUUCUGGGGAAAUUGAAUUUUUCCUGUGCUGUGAUUGGUUUAACGUUUAUCAAUUGUGCAUGCCGACAAAGAACCGGAACCCCUAAAUUUAGGGGUUCCUGUUGUCAAUUUCCCCAGAGCCAAUGCCAUCCUAGCCCGCGCACAGACAGGCAUUGCUCUGGGUACGAGAUUGAUGUGCAGACUGAUACAUAAACUACAACAGCAGGUUUAAUUUUUAACCGAGGGUUAGUGCCUUAGCGCUAAUCCAGCUUUGAACAACCGGACCCAUAGAUUAAUAUGACUGACCACCAUCUCCUAAUGAAUGGGUUGUUCCAGAAAAGAUCCAUACUCCCCCCACGGAGGAAAUUUCUGCCGUCCGGAGGGGGAGGGGAGAAAAAGUUGUUUCUGAUAAUAGUAAAAUUAAUGUAUUAGGACAUCCGAAGGGGGUAGGGGGGUUAACUUCCUAUUUCCUCCGUGGGGGCGGUAUGGAUGUUUUCUGGAAUGACCCAAUGACUACAGAAUAGAGCUACUAUAAUAUAUAAUAUGACCUUGAUCCCUAAACAAUUGCAUAUUAACCCAUUAAGUUGUAUUGCUCCCUAUUCACAGAAUAAAGACAUACAGAAGGUCGACUCGAGUAACCGCUACCACGCCAUGAUUCAUCAUCAAAAUGCUGACGCCAUGGGCCUUGAGAGGGAUUACCCCCUGGAUGUCUGCCAUUUCGAAUAUUUUCAGGGGGUGAAUGCCCCUCAAACACACAAGGCCCAUGGCGUUAGCAUUUUGCUGACAAAUUAUGGUUACACCAAAAUCAUUGGAAAAUCAUAGGAAAAACCAAGACAUCUGGCUUCUGUAUAGUCUAUUCUGUGCCCUAAUGCUCCCAGCACCUUACUUUAUCAUUUUACUCAGUUUAAUGCCAGACAAUUGACGAACAACCCAAUGAUGUUUCACACUUCAUACAUGCCUAUUUAAUUUUCCAGGAGCUCCUCCCCCACCAUAUAAUACCUCGUACCAACCCAAUGCACCCCCUCAAUAUCCACCUUACCCCAACCAACCCCCCUACCCACCGUCUGCUCCACCUAGCUAUUCAGCUACUCAAGAUCAACCGAAGGCCUACCCCGUACAACCUGGGGCAGCACCCUACCCGCAGCAAGGUAUACCACCUGGCUAUGGUCAGCCAGGAUACCCCAUUCAAGGAGCUGCAGCAGGGUACACCACCCAAGCAGUUGGAGUUGCCUAUCAUCCACAUGCCCAAACUACAAUAAUAACCCAGGUAUUGUCGGCAUUACGGUCUCUCAAGAUUGAUAGAGAUACAAGAACUGUACCUGGAAAAUACAGGCAGAACUUUGUCAGGGCUUUUCUCGAAACAUUGUUGCAUUUUUACGAACAGUGAACCAACUUUUUGUUAAAUUUAUAGAAAGAGUAAUUUUUAUAAAGGUCUGAUUCUUUGUUUCAGCAACCAACUCAUGGUGCAGUUAUAAUCCAUAAUACAGCACCUCCACCUGAUUAUAUGGUCGUAUCUAUCAUCAGCAUGUUCUGUUGCUUCUGUAUUGGUAUAUUUGCUAUGCUCAAGUCAAUCAGGGUAAGGAAUCUUCAAUCCAUGUUAACCCUUUAAGUGGCUAUGUGCCUACAUAUGCCUUACUUUUUAUUUUACUCUGUCUGCAGCAGAUGAUUUUACUUAUCAAGGGGAGAGUGCAUUCUGUUGAUCUAUUAAGUGGCAUAUAUGCACCUUGAUGUGCCAUACUUUAUUAUUUUAAUUUGUCUAAUGACAGAUGAUUUUACUUGUCAACCUUGGGAGAGUGCUGCCACUCAAUUGGUUUAUGCCACUAAUAUUAACAAACAAACAACUGAUUCCUUAUUUAUUUCCCUAGUCCCGUGAACUGUACCGAGCCGGGGACCACGCUGGUGCACAAGAAAUGGGCCUGCGAGCAAAGAAACUUGCCAAUGUUGGAAUUUUUGUUGCAAUUUGUAUCUAUGUCUCCAUUGUUUUACUGCGUAUUAUUUUAAGUCUUGUACUUAGUAAUUAAUUGGAAUUUAUUUUCCUAUUUUUAUUUUAUGUUUAAUGAAUUUUGAGUACUUUACACAUGGUAGUGAUCACACUUUUCCCUUAAAACAUAUAGGCUUAUUUCACAAAUAUGUGGAUUUAUAUUUCUUUAAGUAACAUUUUAAUGCUUUUAGCAUCUCUCAUUAGUUUACUUGAUAACCAAUCAAUGACUGGCAAGAAAUUGUCUAUAUGAUCAGCGGAAAAGCAGUCAUGCAUGACUGUGACAUGUAUAAGUCACUACAUAUACAGUAUUAUCACAUAUUAUCAAAGAUUUGAUUUAAUAUUAUUUUGCACAGUAAUAAUAUAACAGUAAGUGGUUGUUCGAGAAAAGAUCCACCCUGCCCCCAACAAGGAAAUUGCUGCUGUCUGAAAGGAGAAGAGAGACAAAUUAGAUUCUAUUUCUGAUAAUAGUAUAUGUGUAUUAGAACUUCCAAAGGGGGUAAACUUCCAAUUUCCUUUGCAGGGGGUGUAUGGAUGUUUUCUGGAAUGACCCAAUAUAUCAAUAUAAUUUAAUAUAACAUUAUUACCCGUUUAAUUAAGUGGUAUAUAUUUAUUGCAUGUACAGUAUAGAUGUGCAACACUACAGACGUUAAUGUCAAUAUGUUUAAUAUAAUAAACUUGACUUGUUAGAUUCAAUGUUGUAUUAUAUGAUACAUAGUCUUUCAAAACAUGGUUUGGAAACUCCGGUAAAGUCUUUGUUCUAUCUUUUUGUUCGCGUUUAUGCAGUUUUGUCCACGGUGCACAGUCAAUUAAAGCCUGUUUUCCACUAGACGGAAUUUUGCGCGCGGAGCGGAAUUUUUCUUUGUCUUUUCUAAUUAGUUCCACCCGAGAAAUCACAGACAAAGAAAAAUUCCGCUCCGCGCGCAAAAUUCCGCCUAGUGGAAAACAGGCUUAACACAUUGCAUUUCAGUAUAAAUGAACGAAUCAUCCAAUAGCGACAGUUCAGUCAUUCAACCAUGCUAUUUAAAUAUUAAUCAACCUAAAACAAAGGAUGUGUGUAAGUACAGUUCAACAUAAACUCCCAGCUCAUUAUAUAAACCGCUUUGAAGUUUACUGAGUUUCCAGACCAUGUCUCAAAACACUACUGUAUGUAUGAUAUGACAAUUAAAUGUAAAAUAUAUCUCCAUUUUUUUCCGCAAUUUGUGUUUGAAUCAGUCUAUCACGAAAAAAUUUUUUCGAUCAGCCAAAAAUUUUCUAAGUGACAAGCCUAGCAUUACUUGACUCAGAAAUCCGGGCAACCGUAGUGUAAUUUAUAGUAAUCGGGAC